ACCGCAUCAUCAACUGAGGUUUGCCUCAGACGAAAACUGAGUCCCGGGAGGAGCGCAGAGCAGAGGAGUGCGUACUCAGCACCAGGAUAGCAGCCUACUUUUAGAUGAGCGCUGGAUCGCCACUCUACAUAAAGGCCGCAUUGUUUCUAUAGACCGGGCUGGGCGAGACAGUGGUGUACCUUCCCUUCGCCUCACUAGAAAGUAUUUUAGGUUUGUGUACCGCACCACCGGCCAGCCACGUUGCGGGCAGAAUGUCUCAUUUGUUCCCCACCAGCUUGUGGAACAGGUGAAAUUCCUCGCAGGACUCACACCGAAACAUUGAGGAUUACAUUGCAUAUUCCUGUACAUUAGGUCUACCAUUCCUGGACAGGUGGAUGGCAGUCAUGGACGCCUCGUUGCCAAGAGUCUCCUCGGUGCCCCUGCUGUCACUAGGUAUCAUGAUGGCGUCCCUCCUCCCCGUCUCCAUAGCGCAAGGCAAUGCCUCCCAGGCCUCCGGCACCCCUCCGCAGGGCUGCGGCCCCCAGGUCGGCUCCCUGUACUACAACCUGUGUGACCUGAGUGCGGUGUGGGGCAUCGUGCUGGAGGCGUUUGCGGCGGCGGGAGGCGUGGGCUCCCUGGUGCUCCUGAUCGUGCUGCUGGCGAGCCUGCCGUUCGCCACGGACCCCCGGCGGCGCAGCUCGGUGGGGCUGCAGGCCGGCUUCCUGAUCUGCACGCUGGGCCUCUUCUGCCUCACCUUCGCCUUCAUCGUGGGCCGGGACUUCUCCACGUGCGCCUCGCGCCGCUUCCUGUUCGGCGUGCUGUUCGCCGGCUGCUUCGCGUGCCUGGUGGCGCAGGACGUGCGGCUGGCGCUGCUGGGCCGGCGGGACGUGGCGCCGCGCGGCUGGGCCCUGUGCCUGGGCGCCCUGGGGCUGUGGCUGGUGGAGGUGAUCAUCAACACGGAGUGGCUGAUCCUGACGGUGGUGCGCUACCCGACCAACACCACGGGCCGCAGCGAGGACAUCCCCUGUAACAUCGCCAACGAGGACUUUGCCAUGGCGCUCAUAUACGUCAUGGUGCUGCUCUUAACAGUGGUGGUUGGCGCCGUGCCGGGCAUGGCGGCUGGGCGACACAAGCAGUGGCGGCGCGAUGCAGCAUUUCUCUUCUGCACGGGUGUGCUAUCGGUGGGCAUCUGGGUGGCGUGGAUCACCAUGUACGUGUACGGUAACGGCGUGCAUGGUGGCGCCCCGCGGUGGGACGACCCCACGCUGGCGAUCGCCCUGGUGGCCAACGCCUGGGUGUUCCUGCUGCUCCACACGGUGCCCGAGGUCUGCAGCAUCAGCACCGACGAGGACGAGGACCAGCCAGGGUUCCACGAGGAAAUGUACCCCAGUCGCGGUGUGGGCUACGAGAACAUCCUGAAGGAACAGAGCGGAGCGCAGAACAUCUUCAUGGAGAACAAGGCCUUCUCCAUGGACGAACCCAACGCAGGUCAGAAGCACGUCUCUCCCUACAGUGGCUACAACGGCCAGAUGCGCGGCGCCGUCUACCAGCCCACCGAGCUCGCCCUCAUCAGCAAAGGAGUCAGCACUCAGCCUGAGAUCCAAUCAUACGACAUCCCCCGCGCCACGGCUACACCCCCCUCCCAAAACGGGGGCAGCAACCCCUCCCUGCACACACAGGACGCCUCCAAUCAUCCACCCACCUCCAGCGGUAAUGGCGUGCACAAGAAGACCCAGUGGUAAUACAACCUAUAUGACAAGACCACUCAAGAGGAGGGAAUCAUAAAUGUGUAUAUACACGUACAUAUAUAUUGUUUUUCUGUUCCACAAAGCUCUGGAAACAUUUGGUCAUUAUUUCAAGGAUAUUUUUUGGCCACAAAUCAAAAGACGGGCAAGACUUUAUUUUCAGUGGAUGGGAAAAACGCCAUUCAACUGUUUCAACUAUCCCCUACACACACACAGACGCACACACAUACACACAAUCUUGUGGAAUGCCAGUCCUGAUGACGCCAUUGUCAAGAUUCAUGAACAUGGAAGCCGGCUGGUGUUGGUCAAGGCAGGACCUGCUUAAGUACACACACAGAGCUGGGGGCACAAAAAGCACCUGUCUGUCCCCUGUCUGAACCUCUACAGGGCUUGGCAGGGCUGGUGUGGGCUAAAAACAAGGACCUGGGCAUUUCUGCCUUAAACUGGCCCCUCACAUACAACAAAUGUCCCUACUAUAUCCUGCUUGAUUCAGUCCGCUGUCUGCAUUGGCGAUGAACCAAUGGACCGCCCCCUCUAAACUGUGGGCCAGGAAAAAAACAAAUAAACAAACCAACAAUACCGGCCCCUUCGGACUGUCGGCCCACCGGGAAAAUGCCCGGUAUGCCUGAUUACCAGUCCGGCCAUGGGGCUGGCUGGGAAUGGCAGGCUGCCACGGAACUGGGACAGAUAAGCCCGGCUAUUCACGCAGCACGCAAAGGCAGCAAUACUGGCGCUGGCUAAAUGACUGGCGGUUUCGCCACAUACCAACCCCUCUGGUGACAAUAACAAGCCGAUGGGAACUCUGGGAGACGACAGCUGUCAUUAUGUUGUACCUCUGUCAAAACACUUACACGCACGACUACACGACACACAGAUAACACAGACAGUGACAGACAAAUUAUGAGCAGUAAUAACAACUGAAUGUUGUGGAUGUUGAGAAGCUUCAUGCUGACAAGUUAUACCAACUAUGCGGAGAUCACACAAUCACCGAAGCAUUUGAUGCCUCGUUGGCUUUUGCUUGACUUAAUUUAACUUCACUAUUUUUUGAAAGAAUAUGUUUAAAAAUGUCACAUCUCACUUUAUCUCAAUGUAUCAAGGCUUAGGUAGAUCCAUAGGGAUGGGGUGCAUGCACAGGUCAGGUAAGCUGUUGAUUCACUGCAUGACCAUCCACAAUCGUGUAUUCAGUUCACUCAAAACUCUCUCUUCUUCUGCCUCGCACUAUAGGUAAUAUAAAUUAAAGAUCUUGAAGGAUGUAUAUUGUCUUAAAAUUUUAAAUUUAUUGAGAAUUUUAUUGAAAAAAUAAAACCUC